CCCCCAAUUUCCUCGUUGCCGACGGCGGCCUCUUCGCCGCAUCGCCGUCGCCUCUUCUUCUUCUCCAGCCCAGCCCGAAGAGCCAGCGCCGGUCUCUAUCUGCCUCUCCUACUCCUCGCUGGCCGCCGUCUCCUUCACCUGCUCGCUGCCCCCUUCUUCGCCGCCGCAAUCAGACGCCCCGCGGGAGCUCGUCACCGGGCUUAGAGAGGAUGGCCGUCGCUGACUACUUUGUCGCCACGCCGUCAUCGUCUCCGUCGCCGGCGUCAUCUCGGUAUCAAAAGGAGCAAUGGCCAUGGUGUUGGAUGCGUUUGCAUCCUAUGUUGGUGACCUGCUCAAGCAGGUGGUGGAGGACGAGGUGGGGAUGCUGCUCGGUGUCACCGGCGAUAUCGAGAACAUGGGCAUCAAGCUCGGGGAGCUCAAGAAAUUGCUCACAGAUGCUGACAGGAGGAACAUCACUGAUGAGAGCGUGCAAGAAUGGGUGGCAGAGCUCAAGCACGCCAUGUACGAGGCUACUAACAUCCUCGACCUCUGCCACCUAAAGGCCAUGGAGCAUGGGCCAUCCACUGUGAAUGCGGGUUGCUUCAAUCCAUUGCUUUUCUGCCUGCGGAAUCCCCUCCAUGCCCAUAACAUCGGUAGCCGUAUCAAAACGCUUAACCAGAAGCUCGACAAAAUCAAGAAGCAGAGCACUGAGUUCAGCUUCAUCCUCAGUUCAUAUGAGGAUCCUGGCAGCAGGGUGCAAGCUGAGAAGGCCAACCACACCCGGGAGUCCACGGGGCAGCUCGACGUGUCGGGUGUAGUUGGGGAGAAGAUCGAAGAAGACACCAGAGAACUAGUGGUCAGGAUCUUGCAGAAAAGAAAUGAGAUAGGCAACAACAUCAUGGUGAUCGCCAUCGUAGGUGUCGGCGGGAUUGGCAAGACCACCCUCGCCCAGAAGGUAUUCAAUGAUGAUUCCAUCCAAGGUGAGUUUGACAAGAGGAUAUGGUUGAGUGUCAACCAGAACUUUGACAAGACUGAGUUGCUCAAGACGGCCAUCACCCUUGCCGGGGGAGACCACCAUGGUGAAAAAGUAUUGGCCGUGCUCCAACCAAUCCUUACCACGGCACUAACAGGGAAGAAGUUCUUGCUGGUGUUGGAUGAUUUGUGGAGUCAUGGAGCGUGGGAGGGUGUGCUCAAAAUACCCUUAGUCAAUACUGCUGUUUCAGGAAGCCGGGUCCUCAUCACUACUAGACAUGAAGGUGUCGCCCGAGGGAUGACAGCCACGUGGCCCCACCACCACAUCGACACGUUAUCGUCUGAUGACGCUUGGUCAUUGCUCAAGAAGCAGGUACUCUCAAGUGGAACAGAUGAAUACCACGUCAAUACAUUGAAGGAUGUCGGAUUGAAAAUCAUAAAAAUUUGUGGUGGUUUGCCGCUUGCUAUCAAAGUAAUGGGAGGACUCUUGCGUCAAAGGGAGAUGCAUCGUCGUGACUGGGAGCAGGUUUUGGAUAAUUCUGAUUGGUCAACGACUAAAAUGCCCGAAGAUCUCAAUAAUGCAGUAUACUUGAGCUAUCAAGAUAUGCCUCCUUAUCUGAAGCAGUGCUUUCUAUUCUACGCUCUUCUUCCUAAAAGUACAAGAUUUGAUGUGCUCCAUGUCGUUGGCAUGUGGAUUAGCGAAGGAUUUAUUCACGGAAACCAUAGUGAUUUAGAAGAAACAGGAAGAAAUUACUACAAGGAGUUGAUAUCUAGGAACCUUAUAGAGCCAGAUAAUAAGAGUUAUUUUGAACAAUGGUUUUGCAGCAUGCAUGAUGUUGUUCGCUCAUUUGGUCAAUAUAUUGCUAGAAAGGAAGCACUCAUAGCUCACAAUGGAGAAAUUGAUACUCUUACUAAACUUAACUCGCAGAAGUUUCUUCGGUUGUCUAUAGAAACCAGCCAAUUGCAAUCUGGUGAACUUCACUGGAAAUCUUUACAAGAACAGGAAUCAGUGAGAACAUUAAUCUCAACUAUCCCGAUCGAGAUGAAGCCCGGUGAUUCACUGGUUACUUUUUCUAGUCUGAGGACUCUCUAUAUUGAAUCUGCUGAUGUGGCUUUGCUUGAAUCUUUGCAUAAACUCAAGCACAUGAGAUAUCUGACACUAGUAAAUACUAGUAUAUCUGCACUUCCAGAAAACAUUGGCAAGAUGAAAUUAUUGCAAUUCAUUGACCUGAGUGAAUGUAACAAUUUGGUGGAUCUUCCAAAUAGCAUUGUGAAGCUUAGCCAGCUGAGGUAUCUUAACCUUCCUAGCAACGGGAGUAUCAUAUCUAGAGGGUUCUGUGGUCUGACUAAUAUGAGGAUUCUAGGUGGGUUUCCAGCUCUAGUGGAUGGUGAUUGGUGCAGUUUGGAUGAGUUGGGGCCUCUUUCCCAUCUCAGAUUUCUAAGAUUAGAGCAAUUAGAGAAUGUAUCUACUGCAUCGUCUGCUGCUAAUGUUAGGCUUGGUGAGAAGAUCCGUCUUACUAAGCUAUUACUGGGGUGCACUAGCAAACUGGGAUAUGAUGGGUUGGUCAGAAGAGAAGAUGUCUCUGCCGAGGAGCAGCAACGAAUAGAGAUGGUGUUCAAUCAGCUCUGCCCUCCAUCCAGUGUAGAAUAUAUUAAUAUUUCUGGGUAUUUUGGCCAGCAACACCCGAGUUGGAUGAUGUCAAUGCCAACGGUGCCCCUCAAUAACUUGAAGUUCCUAUUGCUGUGUGAUGUAGCUUGUUGCAACCAACUUCCCAGUGGCUUGUGUCAGCUCCCCUGUCUACAGGAACUUCAAGUGCGGCGCGCUCCAUGCAUCAAGCGUGUUGGAACUGAAUUCUUGCAUUCCUCACAGCCGGUGGCAGCUGCAUUUCCGAGGUUAAACAAGAUGGUCUUAAAACGAAUGGUGGAGUGGGAGGAGUGGGAGUGGGAGGAGCAAGUGCAAGCCAUGCCCUGUUUGGAGGAGCUUUUGCUCAAAAGGUGCAAACUCAGGCUUGUUCCUCCUGGCCUUGCCUCCCAGGCAAGGGCUUUGAGAAAGUUAUCCAUAAAACAUGUCAAGCAGCUUACCUACCUUGAGAACUGUAUGUUUGUUGUGGAUCUUACAGUGGAUCGAUGCCCUGACCUGGAGAGGAUCACUGAUCUACCAAAACUGCAGAAGCUCACCAUCAUCGAUUGCCCAAAGCUGAAGGUACUGAAUGGUGUUCCUCAACUGGACAGGGUGGUCCUGGAGGAUUACACCAUGGAAGAACUCCCAGAAUACGUGCGAGAAAUAAAGCCAAGGCAUUUGCAGGUAUUCUGCAGGCUAUGGUUGCUUGCUUCUGUAGCCACAGGACAAUCCGGUAUUGAGUGGGACAAGUUCAGCCAUGUCGAGUAUGUAAAGUCAUAUGCGCGUGAUGGAGACAACCGAAGGAAAUGGUAUGUGUUGUACACAAGAGGUAACUGCAAGCUGGAGUCAAAUAUUAGCCGCUCUACUGUAUUUCAAGAAACAUUAUCGUCUUCUAUGAUCGAGACACAAAGAUUUGAGCAUCUCUACAAAAUGAAAAUAACUACCUUCGAUUAUGUCUGCAGCUUGGUUAGGGUACCAUUUUUGGAAGACAUGAUGGCAAGGGAUCACAGGUUUGCUGAUGGGAGAGUGCUAUGUUUACAAGACCGAGUAGCAGUUGCUCUGAGAAUGCUGAACUCUGGUGAGCCUCCGGAGACAGUAGGAUCCUCUCUUGGCAUGAACAAGUCAAUCGUCUUGCUGAUAACUAAGAGUUUUGUUGAUGCUAUGUGGGAGAAAGCAAUGCACCACUUGGACUGGCCAGGUUCCAACAGAAUAGAGAACAUCAAGUACAAGUUUGACAAGAUCCAUGGGCUGCCAAACUGCUGCGGUGUUGUGCAUACAGAUCACAUCACAUUUGAAUCACAGAACAGUGACCAUGAGGUGAAUGCUGGCAUGCUAAUGCAAGCUGUUGUUGAUACAGAUAUGAGGUUCACAAACAUUUGGUUGGGAUCAUCAAGUAACAUGAACCAGUCGAGCAUUUUGCAUGACUCUGUGCUCUUCAAGCACUGCGAGAAGGAUACUUGGCUGAAUGGUAGCAAGCUGAAUUUAUCAGACGGAAGGCAAGUUGGAGAAUACAUAAUUGGUGAUGCAGGAUUUCCUCUUCUUCCUUGGCUUCUCACAUCUUUCCAGGAGAAUGACCUCUCAGAUUAUCAAGUCGAGUUUAAUAGGAGACACUCUCAAGCCAUGACCAUCACACUGACCAAGGCACUAGCGAAGUUAAAAGAUACAUGGAAGUUCCUGCAUGGAGGGGUGUGGCGCCCAGAAAAUCAAUUUGAGCCGAUGUGGGUAAUCUAUGCAUGUUGCAUGCUGCAUAACAUAGUGAUAGACAAGGAGUGCGGCACAGGUAUGGGGAGCUAUCAAAAGGUGAACUACAGCCAGCAAGUGCACCAGUUAGUCGAUGAGGACCCAGUCAUGGUGAGAGAUGUGUUGUCGCAACACUUGACCAGCAAACCAUUGGAACCAGGAGGAACCCUAUCUAUUUUUGAGGAUGCACAAACACUCGAAUCUGUGUUAAAAAUGCCAAGAAGAACCUUCAACUAUGUCUGUGGCUUGCUGAAGGAAUCGUCUCUGGAAAUUAUGAACGACUACUUCUUUUUCGAUAUGAGGUUAUUUUCUUUAGAGGAGCGAGUAGCCAUCGCUCUGAUAAUGCUCAACUCUGGUGACCCUCCUGCAACUGUUGGAUCCUUUAUUGGAGUGAACGAGUCAACCGUGCCGCUGGUCACCAAGAGCUUUGUUGAUGCCAUGUUGGAGAGAGCACAGCACCAUUUGCGCUGGCCACAAUCUGAUGAAAUGGAGAAGAUGAAAUCCAUGUUUGAUGAGAUCCAUGGCUUGCCAAACUGCUGUGGUGUUUUGCAUACAACGCAUGUCACAUCUGCGUCAAGAAGCUGGGACCAUUUCGAUAAGGACAGCUUUGUACUGCAAGGUGUCAUUGCUCCAGAUAUGAGGUUCACAAGCAUUUGGGUGGCGCCACGGCCAGCUAACACGAGCCAGUCAAGCUUUUUGCACGACUCUAAUCUCUUCGAGUAUUGCGAGAAGGGUGCAUGGCUGAAUGGCAGCAAGCUCAAGGUAGCAUCAGAAGAAGUUGGUGAAUACGUAAUUGGUGAUGUAGGAUAUCCUCUUCUGCCCUGGCUGCUCACACCUUAUUACCAGCUACAGAAUGACCUCUCAGAUAUUCCUUAUCAAGUUGAGUUCAACAGCAGACACUCUGCAGUUAAAAACAUCGCGCUGAAGGUGCUGGCAAGGUUGGAAGGCACAUGGAAGUCCAUGCACGGUGAGUGGCGCCCAGACACUCCACGCGAGAUGUCCCGGGCAAUCCACGCAUGCUGCAUCUUACAUAACAUAGUGAUAGACAUAGAGGAAGAUGCUGGCAUGCCGAGCGAUCAGGAGGAAGAUGACAGCAAGCAAAAGCGCCAGUUAGAAGACGAAGAUGCUGUGAGAGCAAGGGAUGUACUGUCCGAGUACAUGACCAGCAGGUCAUCCGAAUCUAGAGUCGACGAGGUGGAUCAAGAGGUGCAACACAGAAAGCAGCUCCAUCCGGUUCAGGGUGAAAAAGGGAAGCAAGAAGCACAAAGAUGAACAGCAGAGGAAGAGAAACGAUGCUUAAUUUGGUACUCCAUGCCCCCUGCAUCCAGCUUGGUAGACAAAGUUGAUGCUGUCAUGUUUCUUUGGCAAGAAGAAUUGAGUUCAACGCUCUUCAUUUACACUGAGCCCAUAUUUCUUUGGCAACAGAAUAGUUCUUUAUUAUAUUUGUAUGUUGGAUUUAAUUAAGCUUUUACGCGUUGAGGAAAUUGAUAAUGUGGCUGCAUGUAUGUAGACUAUUCAUGAAGUAUUUCCAUCCUCGAGUUGAUGCAAGCUGAGUUUUGUAUGUUUAUGA